GCCUCGAACUACGUGUGCAUCGGACAGAUGAAGAAGCUCUCGUGGAUGCGUCCAGCGUUGACACUCGGCCCAGGACCAGCUUCAUCUACCCGAAAUAGGUCUUUCGUCACGCGUUCUGAGAAGGUGAGGGUCUUGAACCCCAUCAGUACACUACUCUGCAGCAUGUACUUCAUGCGUGUGUACUACUCAUGCAAGCUUCACAAGCGGGUCAACCUUAUCGCGCUUGACGAACAGCUCAUCCAGCACAAAAUCACGUUCUGCACCAAGUGCGUUGAGGGAUGCUUUAAAUGGGAUACCCAGAAGCCUGUUCAGAGCCAAGCUGUUGGUUAUGAGGUCUAC